AUGCUUCUAAGAAGCUCUAUUUCCAGCACCAAGAAGUUCUUCCAAAAGACUCUGAAGAACUUCAAGUCUUUCUUCUCCCCAGGAUACCAAAGACUUCCAAAAACUCCUCCCCACAAUCACUUCUCUUAUUCUGUUGCUACAACCAAUGUCAUGGACAUGAAUAGCAACACCAACACCAACACCAACAUCAACACCAGUUAUCAUGACUUGGAGAAGUUGUAUACUGAUUUCACUGACCAAUGGGAGUCAGAGAAAGAGAAAACAAGGAGAAGAAGCAAGAAGAAAGCUGCACUGUCAUCUCCAACAAAGCAAGAGAAUGAGGUCUAUAAUGGAAGCUUCAUUAACUUGUCCAAUGCAAGCCCUUCUUCUCAGAAGAAGAAUCAGGUGGAGAAAAGAGAAGAAUGUGAGAACAAAAACAAUAUGGGAAGGCAGCAAGAUUCAUCAUUCAAUUCUAUGGGAAUGAAAGAACAUAGAUAUUGCAUGGUGGAACAGAAGCUGAGGGAAUUGGAGAAGUUGGACAUGAGCAAUGUGGAUUAUGUACUUGAUAUUGAAGAGGUUCUUCAUUACUAUUCUCGACUCACUUGCCCUGCAUAUCUUGAAAUUGUGGAUAAGUUCUUCAUGGAAAUGUACUCAGACUUCUUUGGUCCAGCAUGGCAUGUUACACCUCGCAGUGUAAACUCUAGGCUGAAGCUGAGAUAUCAGUGA